AUGUUGACAGUGAGUGUAAAAUGGCAAAAGGAGGUGUUUCCAAAAGUGGAAAUUGACACAAGCCAGCCCCCUUAUGUUUUCAAAUGCCAGUUGUAUGAUUUGACUGGAGUGCCCCCUGAGAGACAGAAGAUCAUGGUUAAGGGUGGCUUGUUGAAGGAUGAUGCCGAUUGGGUAACGUUAGGAGUGAAGGAGGGUCAAAAAUUGAUGAUGAUGGGGACUGCAGAUGAGAUUGUGAAAGCCCCGGAGAAAGGCCCUGUUUUUAUGGAAGAUCUUCCAGAAGAAGAACAAGUGGUUGCGGUGAUAAUUGCUGCACAAGGUGAGCCUCGACUGAUAAAUGACUAUCAAGCCAUGCUUUGUCAUGGUCCAAGCAAAGCAAAUGGAGCUGAACCAUAUGCACCUUUGGGUCACACUGCUGGCCUCUUUAAUCUAGGGAACACUUGCUACAUGAACUCAACAGUUCAAUGCCUGCAUUCUGUUCCAGAGUUGAAGUCUGCUUUAGUCAACUAUCCAUCUCAAAAAAGCAGUGAUUUGGAUCAAACAUCUCAUAUGCUGACAGCCGCGACUCGAGAACUAUUUAAUGAGCUCGAUAAAAGUGUCAAGCCUGUGGCACCUAUGCAGUUCUGGAUGGUAUUGCGCAAAAAGUAUCCGCAAUUUGGCCAGCUGCAUAAUGGAGUCUACAUGCAGCAGGAUGCUGAAGAAUGUUGGACACAGCUUUUAUACACCCUUUCACAGUCACUUAGAUCACCGAGUCUCAGGUAG